UGCGGCGGUGCAAAGUGUUAGAAAAUCCAGUGUACCUUGGAGGACACGUAAGGGGAAGGAAAACGUGUUUUGUUUUGGAGACCUUGCGGGAUACACACAGCGCAAGCACCGAUGGAGAGAAAGGACCAUUAGCCAUAGUCCUGGGGAAAUACGCAGAAGCAGUAUUCCAUGUCUCUUCUCUGCCCUGUUAUUGAUGGGAAACCAACUGGACCGGAUCACCCACCUGAACUACAGCGAGCUACCCACCGGCGACCCAUCGGGCAUCGAGAAGGACGAGUUACGUGUUGGCGUGGCGUAUUUCUUUUCCGAUGAGGAGGAAGAACUGGACGAUCGAUCGCAGUCUGACAGCUUUAAAGACAACAACAGCCCGAGCAAAGACGGUCCGGUUGCGCUCAACGAGGUCGAGUACUCGGCGUUCUGCUGCCAGGAAUGUAUAUACUCCAAACUGCGAGAGAACGAGGACCUGAAUGUUUAUUCGGUGAAAACUUUAUUGACCAUGUGCAAACCCGGGGAUCUACUGGAGUUAGUGGCCAACGCACAACCCCCGCACUGGGCGAUCUUUGAAGGGGAGGACCAGGUUAUUCACCUCUACAAGGGGGAGAUCCGCAAGGACAGCUUGUUUGAGAUCAGCUGCGGUCGGCAGGGCAGGAUAGUGAACAAUCGGUACCGCUACCGACCGCUGCCAGCUGAUUUGGUGAUGCAGAACGCGAGCGGGCACGUGGGGCUCAGCAGCGGCGAGAUUUGCUGGACAAACUCGGAAAGUUUCGCAGCCUGGUGCCGUUUCGGAAAGCGGGAGUUUAAAGCUGGCGGGGAGGCGCACUCGGUCGAGCAGCGCUACUUUCUGAAGGUGCACCUGUCCGAGAGCACCGCGCACACGCUCAUGUUCCGCAGCCUGGAGGAGAUGAUACGCGAGAGACGGCGCGUGGACGCCAGUGGCAUUCUCAAGGAGCUGUCACUGGUGACCGGCAAGGAAUGAGCGCUUGGGACUCUCUGCAUGCCUUGAGCAAGGGCUGCUUACCUUUAUUUCAGGACUUUGGGAGGGUUGUGCGUAUUUGUGUGAACAUGUUUUGUCAAAGACAACGCCCCUUUUGGUUGUGGUGUGAUGGCCCCACUAUAGUCACCCUGUACCCUCAAAAAGGAAAAAGAUAAAACAUAAGGUGUGCCCUCAUCACAGAUUGCCCAUGAACCGAUAAAGCCCCCUCAAAUUCGCACCCGAGCCCUGCUGCGGCAGAUGGUGACCACGAUGCGUUCACAUGUCUGUGGCAAGCCGUUUUGACAUUUAUUCAUUAACACUAACUAGCAUUUGUUUUUGUUACUAAUAGGCUCAUUUUUCAUCAUAUUAUUCUGAUUUGACUUCUGUUUGAACUACAAAGAAGCCAUUCUGACUAAGCUAGUCAUUACAUAUAAGUGAAAAAUCAAAUGUUAACAGUAUGUAAAAUGUUAAGGUAACAGUUGAGAUCAAUAUCAAUAGCUUUAGUACAGGGCAUUUCAAUUGGCAGCCCGUGGGCCCAAACCGGCCUGCCGAUCAUCUUCAUUCGGCCAGAGGGAAGAGUAUGCACAGGUCACACAUAUGCGUUGAAUUGUUUUAGCACUAAUUAGUUUGUCCACAAGGUGGAAACACUGGCCCAGGCUGUUUUUUCACAGCCAAAAAAAGAAAAGGAAGAGACAGAACAACAACAACCUACUAGAGACCACGAUAUCAAUAGAUGCAGCGUUCACAAGCGUUUGUGUGAGGAUUAUAAGAUAUCCACGAUUAUAGCUCAAACGAGUAUAAAGACAGCAUUAUCUGUCAUAACUUCUGGUGAGAAAUAGUGUAGAUGCUGGACAAAGAUGAUUAUCAGAGUUUGAAAGGCUGCACGUUCAGCUUUUCACAUUCACUGAGCAAUUAGCGAUUAAAUCCAAUUAAUCAUGAUUAAUUACAGAAAAAUAUGUGAUAAAUUAGUUUUUUUUUUUUAUUGACUUACAGACAGAUACUAAUGUUUUUAUAUAUUUUGGUGUUGGUAAUAUUAGUUUAUUUUACUGCUGAAUAUGCAUUUAUAUUUAAUUUCUAAUUUUAUAGCCCUAUCCCCUAUUUUCAAUUAAAUAAUCUGUCCCUCAAAUUAAAUUAAUUGAAUAGCCCUCUCCUAGGACCUAAUGAAUGGUUACUAGUCAAGCGGGACUCGGAAUAGUUCAGAUCUGAACCACAGAUCCUAAAUGUGUACCAUUGGAUAUUUGUUGUCAUUAUUAAAAUUGUGACAGUUGAAUGAAUAAUUAGGGUAUAGUGAAAUCCAUAAAUACACUAGUUGCUAUUGGACUACUCUAUGUAAAAAAAAAAGUUAAGUUAAAGGAAUAAAGCUAAAACAGCUUGCCACAUGUCUCCUAUUUGACUGAACUCCAGAGCUUUAAUAUUAAAUGUGGAGCUCAGUUAUUGCAUAUCUGUCCAGCUGCAUUAGUUCCUCUAAACCCCUACAGGCGACAACACGUGAGCCUUUGUUUUCAUUCUGUUAUUAACAAACGCAGCGAACAUUUUUCUGUUUUUGGAGUCCAUAUUUUUGUAUUUCAGUUAGUUCGUAAAAAAACAACAUCUGUUUUUAUUUAAAUAAAUGUAGAUUGCCCUAUGAAAAUUGGGUUGGUCUCUAGCUCUUUUUCAUACUGUUUUGCCUGCGUACAAAUGCAAUAAGCGAGCACGUGCUGGCUGAGGUAACCUCACGCGAGUGCCUAACCGAUGCAUUAUAAUUCACACAUCAACCUUCUGUCACUGUAUCGAUCAUUCCUUCAUUUGAUUUUUGAUGGAUUUAUUUCCCGCCAGCAGGGCAGUCGUUUGUUAUCAUUGCUGCAUUAGUAGGCUAUGCCUUGUGGGCAGCUGUUGAUGUAUGGAGACACUGUCCUUUUGUUCUUGGCUUGUUAUGGACGAUGAUCAUCAGCAGCGUGUUUCUAACUUUGACUCAUAGGAGACACUUUUUAUUCUAUUUUGCGUCUGUUACUUUAAUUAUACAUAUAAAGUUUUAUGACUGCUCCGCUUGUGGUCCAGAAGCCAUACAUCCAAAUUAACUGCAGUCUCCAGUUUUGGCUGCAAGGUUUGCAUUAAGUAAUGGGAGAGCUGUGUAUAUGUGUGUGUCUGUGCACAUAGAUGCUCUCUAGCAUCAGUAAAUAUGGUCAUGCUCUGUUUGUUUUCCUAUUAGAGGCUGUAGGCUGCAGCUGGGAUCAUUUAUGCUUUAUGUUCAGUGGGGCUUGAUUGGGCCACAGGUCUGUUUGGCUGGACCCUUUACAGAGCUUGUGCUGGCCAACACUAACAAGUCAUUCUGAAAAUCAGUUUGGAUAAUGCAAAGGCCGAAGUCCAUUUUACAAGGUUUACCUUUGUGCUGCAGGUUAUGACUUUGUCAAGCACAGAUGCGUUUAUGGAUUUACACAUUGAAUAAAUGAUAAUUUUUGCCUUUCCUGUUAAUAAUCUAGUUGAAUAUUUACUAGAUUGGGCUAGUUCCUGUAGUGUGUGUUCAGCAUAUUAAUUUCACAUACACUCUUUACUGCUUAUUCUUUGUGUGACUAUUCCAGGCCAGGCUGUUAAUCAUGAAUCGACAUUAUGCACAACACAUUGUGUCAGGUGUGUCAGUUUGAGCCGUUAAUAUGGAAAGCGGGGCGUUUGCAUGAAUAAAAACAAGUGGGACAGGUUUCUAACGGUUAGGAAAGAUGUCAGAUGAGUUCAUCGUAGACGUUACAGACAAAUUCAUUAAAUGACUACAGCUAAUUUUACAUCCACAACCCAGUUUAACUAGAUGAUUAAUAUGAUUAAAUAGUUUUGCAUUCAUUGACUUAAGUGAAUUAUCACUCUGUUUAGUGCAAAUUAAAUCAAAAGAGGCACAUUAUGUUAUUUGUCUCCCCAUGGAAAACAGGCAUUAAUAAUGUUAUUAAAAACAGAUUUAAAUACAUUUUAUAUUAGUUAUGGCAUAUUUUAUUCCUCAAAUUACAGAUAAAAAAGAUUAUAACCAGACUUUUAUAUACAUACUGAAAUCAAGCACAUUUACAUUGGUCACAAAAUGCUGUAAAAUUACAGUAAAGUAUGUCAGAUCUUAGUAUUCUGAGCCAUUUUCCACCACAUAAAAACUUAGUAUUGAGCUGCAAGCCUUAUUAGUAUGUACUUUGACACUGAACUGACAAGUACGGUUGAGAAACACCAGACAUUAACACUCACACACUCAUUUUCUUUGGCUCAGAACAUGUCAUCACCACUGUCUCUCCAGUCUUGUAUCCACCACAUUGUUGUUCACCAAUCCCAGCAGCCCCAGUAACCCACUUUUUCACGAGACGAUUUGUGGGAUCCCCUUUCUAGACAUUAUCCCACCCCCGCCUCAUUUUCCCGUUCUCUGAGCCUGACAAUCUGUCACCUGUACCAAUAGCUUUUUUUCUGACGCUGGAAAUUUAGGAUAGUGGGGCAUCGGGCUAUAUGUGGAGAAUGAGGACAGGAGUGAAGGAGCGAUGGGCUGAGGGGAGUAGAUGUUGCCAACAUGAGCUGAACAGAAUAUCUUUAGCCUGAAACAAAAUCUGCAUCUCAGUGAUAUGCCAUAUGUGUGCCGUCCUGUUUGUGUGUGAGUGUGUCUGUUACUGGGGAAACCUCAGCCAGUCAUUUAGCUUGCAUCUACUGAAUAUGGUUUUACUUGAAGCUAUGAGAGAGGAUGAGGAGUGUCUUUAAGGGAAAGCUUGUUGUUUUUGCUUGAUUAAAGAACUAAGAAUAAUGCAUUUGCUUCUGCUGAGGGAGAAUUAUACAUAGCAUCUGUGCUCCACUGAAAUCCUGCCUCUCUUUCAGACUCGUUCGGACAUUCAUUUAUACCAGCAGGCUAGCUGGUAAUCUGGCUUCAAGAGUAGAGGAGGGAUUUAGAAAUUCAGCAACAUUUGUGUUUUUUCUCUUUCCCUUCGUCAAUUAAAUUUUACAGCAAUUUUAAUUUUUUUUUUUAGAACUGCUGAAAUGAAGGUGCACUGAGAAGAAACUACAUUGGGUUUUUGGAUGCAAUAUCCUGUUCCAAGCCUUUUUUACAAGACCCAUUGUGUCCUGGUAAAGAUUUAGCUGAUAAAUCCUUAUUUGUCAGUGGAAUCGAUAUAUACUGACUUCAGAACAAUUUCUCUGAUAAUAUUCAAGCAAUCAAUUCUUGUGUUUUCUAACAGUUGUUUAGAAUCAGAACUAGCAUAGCCAGAUUUGUGAAUAUCUGUCUUGGUCUAAUAAGUCAAAUGGAUUUGCAAAAAGGUCUGAAAUGGUUUGUUUCAUUCAGAUAGUUCAUUCACACCCUAUACGUUUUCAGUGGCUUGUCAGAGCGAAAUAGUAACAGGAUAUUUUUCUGCAGUAUUCUGCCAUUAUUUCAGCUACAGCGACCAAUGCAGUCUAAUUCUGUCACACUUUAUUUAAAGUUUUGAUUCUCGCUAUUAUCAAAACAUUAACUAUAAUUGUGCCUCAAUAAACAAUAAUUUUUUAAGAGGGUGAACAAAAAGAGAGCUGGAUAAGGUGGAUCAAUCUAUUGUAGAAAAAUAUACAAAUGAUUUCUAUUGUUUGUUAAUGAUGCAGCUCUUUGUUGCAUGUGCAGUUUAUUGAACUAUUUAACUGAAUGCAAUUUAUAUAACUACCAUACUGUUUUGGAUCUUUGUUGAAGUACCACACCACUUAAAUACUGCGGUACAUGAAUAUGUGACCAUUCAGUACCAUGGUAAACAUAAUAAUGUCGAAAAAAGGUCUGGAGUGGUAGUAUAAGGCAUAUCCACAUAACCUAUUUGUUCUGCAUACAGAUAAAGAUCUUUAAAUUUCUAUAGCACACCCAUAAUAAUUCUGUACUGCUAAGGGUUCAUUGAGAUGGACUCCCUGUAACAGGACAUACUGAAUCGGUCAGAGCUACAGUGUGUAUAGGGGAUCCUUAGAGAGUAGAUUAGACUCGAGGUCAUAUCAUAUUAUAGGCUCUUUUUAUAAUGCCACAGCAUAAUGCGCCACAUUGCAGAAUUCAGCAAAUUCUGUUUCACGCUUCUAAGCGAGAGAGCACUGCUGGCUGUGAAAGAGCGCUGUCUGAUAAAAAUUCAAGCUGAGUUCCAGAAAGCAUCUACAAUGACUCAACAAAAUCAACAUAUAGUGUGUGAGGCGAGCAGCCAGCUAAGACUUGCAUUUUAAAUUGCAGAAAAUGUUAUUUUUUUCCCGAUCGAUCAUCACGUCAGAGCAUGUGCAGACCUGUUUAGCAUGAAUAGAGGCUCUCAGAAACAGCCGUUGGACGUUUUGCCACCUGUAGAAAAUAAGGUAGAUUGUUUACGCAGCCCCCAGUAGCCUCAUUAUGUUAAUGUAUUGUGUUCUUUUGUGAGUCCAUGUUGACCCAGACAGUCUCCCCUGCUCCCUUUUUAUGUUUACUCCGUUCCUACUAGGCUCACAUCGGCUUACGUUCUUGGUCUGUACGCCAAAGUUCUUGGUCUGUACCCAAUUACUGCAGAAGUGUUUGCUCCUCUUGUCUCCCUCUGCACCGUACAGUGAACACGGACAGCGAUGACAGAGGAAAAACAACCUGCCUCAUGAAAAAUGACAGCUCUCUUUUAAAAAAAUGAAGCAAUCUCUCACAAGUCUCUCUAAGGUUUGGAUCAGAAGAGGCCCGUUUCUUUUGUGAGGUGAACUGAGACUCUGUGUAGUUACGGCUGGGGAAAAAUGGAGAUUUCACAGCUGUUGGUGAUAGUGGAGAGAAGGGUUUAUGUGAGACACUGUAGCAUUGUGGAUUCUGGUUCUAUAAGAAAGAAAAGUCACAAUUUUUUUUUCUAUUAGAGACAUCUAUGAGAAUGAAUGGAGCGCAAAUGGAGACUUUUGCGUGUACUUAACAGAUCUUUUUCUCUUGGCCAAAAAUUUUGGAGUACACUGACUGUUAUUGUAUGGUGAAAAUCUGUUGAAAGUGUGAAAUAUUCUAGAGAAGAGCGCAAAUUAUACAACUUGAGGGUGAGUAAAUGAUGAUAGAAUUUACAGGUUAACUGUACCUUUAAGCAUUUAAUGCUAUUAUUUACAACAGUAACUAGAAAACUCUUGGUGUGUGACUUGUUUGCAGCACAUUUAGAGAGAGAGAGAGAUAGAGAGAGAGAGAGAGAGAGAGAGAGAGAGUUAAACAUAUUUCUGGUGUAUCUUUAAUUACACUGUUAGCAACUAGUUUUGUACUGAAGCCAGUUCUUUAGAGAUUUUUUUAAAAAAAAGUAGCAGUUAUCACUACCUGAAUUUUCAGGGGUCAUCAGUAUUUUAUAUUCUUUUACUGCAUUUUCAUUUGUGUCCAUUUGCAUGUCAUUGUAACUGUAGGAACUGUUCACAAAACAAACAAACAAACAAACAAACAAAAAAAAAAAGAAAAAAAAGAAACACAUUUACUCACUCUCAUGUUGUCCCUAGCCUGUAUGACUUUCUUAUGCUGAAUCCAAAAGGUGAAUUUUGUAAAAAUAAUAUCUGGCCACUCUUUCAAUAUAAUGAAGAUGAAUGAGUAGUGGAGCUGUCAAGGUCGAAAAUUACAAAAACUAAAGAAA